ACACACACACACACACACACACACGCUGCAGCCUGUUUCACUAACACAACUCCACAGCACACUUCUCCAGCUCUGAAUGCUGGAAUCACAUGGCCAGAGUGUGGGACAGAAACUAACUCAACAGCAGGAACUAAAAUGCCAAUCUUUGGAAGAUAGAGGGAGCUUUUGUUUGAGAAAAGGACGACAAGAAUUCCAAAAAAGGAGCUGGACUCUUCAGAGAGCGUUUUUGUGUACCAGCACACUUAUUCAAAAGCCUACAACAUACAUACAGACACAACAUGCUGCAGCAAAUCCUAGCUGACAUGUACAUCGACCCUGAUGUACUAGAGGCCUUAAAUGAGGAACAGAAGAAGAUUCUGUUCUUCAAAAUGAGAGAGGAGCAAGUCAGGCGCUGGAAGGAGCGGGAAGAGAAGGAGGGCAAGGAGGGGAUAAAAAAAGAAAAGCUCCAGCAAAAGAAAGGCCCUUGUAAAAGUGUGAGCUGGCUGCUUGGCAGCGACGGUGAUGUGCAUGUGUGUAUUAUCAGAGAAUCUGACGAGCUCAAAUCUCCAAAACUCAUUCUGUCCGAGCUGAAAAACAAAGCUGUGGCCAACCCCAAUACUUUCAACAGAGCAAAAGCAGAACCUGUAAAUAGCAGCUUGACCAAACCCAGCAGAGCACAACAAACCAGCACAGAAUCAGGGAUCCAGCUACUGCUCAAGAAACCAGAGGAGCUCAGUGAUUCCACAACAGUCUCAGAUGAGUCCAAGCAGGACAGCGGUUCUGAUCAGUCAGCUGACGAUUAUGGCCCCUUGGUGAAAAAUAAGGAUAGCGGUCUGACGAACGGCAGUCGUGUGGCUCAGCUCAGGAAGAACUUCAACACCACUAAUGCCCCAUCUGUCAAACCACCAAUCCCCUGCAAGCCCACUCACCUACUGGCUUCCCCCUCUGUCAGAUAA